AUGGUCAUUAUCGUUACUGGUGGUGCCGGGUUCCUCGGCUGCAAUUUAAUCCAGCUACUUCUCGAGAAGAACCACGAAGUCGUCGUGAUUGAUUCACUAUGGACCGGAUCUCAAAGCACCCUCGAUAAUUUCCGAUCGGACAAGCGAGUGCGAUACAUCCAAGCCGAUGUACGAGAUCCGUUGCCAUGGAUAGACAACGUCGAACAAAUCUACCAUCUUGCGUGUCCUGCGAGUCCAGUACAUUUCGAGUCUCAACCGAUUGAUAUUUUGCAAACCUGCUUCAAUGGUGCCUCGAAUGUUUUGGACUAUGCGUUGAAACACAACGCUAGAGUGCUGCUCGCUAGUACAUCAGAAGUCUACGGCGACGCACAAAUCGCUUGCCAACGCGAAGACUACCGAGGCAACGUCAACUGCUUCGGCCCACGCGCCUGCUACGACGAAGGCAAGAGAGUCAUGGAAGCCCUCGGAUACGCCUAUCAAGCCGAACACGGUCUCGAAGUUCGCAUCGCACGAAUCUUCAACGCCUACGGCCCCUUCAUGGAGCCAGAAGACGGACGCGCAGUACCUAACUUUAUCAUGGCAGCUCUCAAGAGAGAACCAAUCACGAUAUUCGGCGACGGACACGCCACGCGUUGCUUUCAACACGCUAACGAUUGUGUUCGUGGUUUGGAGGCUCUGAUGAAUAGUGAUUAUCAUGGACCGGUUAAUAUUGGCAGUGAUCAAGAGAUGGAAAUUAGUGAGAUUGCGGAUAUAAUAUCGAGAGUUGUGGCGGAGAAGACUGGGUAUGAGGAUCCUGUUAAUGUGCAGUUACUGCCGAAGAGGGAGGAUGAUCCUAUUAGAAGGAAGCCAGAUACGAGUCUUGCUGAGAGGGUUUUGGGUUGGAAGCCUAGGGUUUCGCUGGAGGAGGGAGUAGCUUCGACGGUUGACUGGUUUAUCCAGAGGGAGAACGGCAUUUCGAGCAGGCUUUAG